AUGCCAGAGUAUAACUGGACUCCAACACUCAGACCCAUACGAUACUCACCAUACGCCUGCAAUGGUCCACAGGGGACCCACUUGCACUAUGGUCUGUCCACACGCGACCAUAGAGCCCACAGCCGCAGUCCCCCCCUGGGCCUGCGAGAGAGAGUGAGUCACUGGAGAGAGCCCACCUACCACCUAUACUACACCUGGAACUCCAACCAGACCGCCCAGCACGGAUGGAGAAAUAAGGCCCGUACACUUCCCGACUCCACAAGUUGGAGGAGGGAUCCCAUACAUUUACCUAACCUGUCAGUGCCUAUCUCCCCAACCGUGCGCUAUCGAGGCGGCCCACGCUCCUACGCAGACGUGAUGAGGGAAGUUCCCCGUAGAUCCCCACCCAGACCCCCACCCAAUAUACAAGAGGACUCACCAGUAAGACAGGCGGCGCCCCCACACAUGGCCAGGUCUAUCCGCCUCAUUUACAGGACCCUGCAACUGACCCACCAUCUGUCCUGCCUGUCAGAUGAACACGGGGCGAAAGGCAAGGAGAGGAUCCAUAGUCUGGCAAAUGACCUUAAAAGCAUGAUCAAACCCGCAGCCCUUAAUGAGACGACAAGACAACUGUUGAAUGAAAAUGCACGCACCUGGGGACAAGAAACCAUUAAAAUUCUCAAAACACACUACGAAACAGAGAUAAAAUACAACGUGGACCAAAUGGAUAGCAUCGUGGACCAUGACUGGGUGGAUGCAUUCAUGGUAGCCAAGAGAUGGGCCAAAAACAGUCUGCCUAGGAUCAAACAGACCACAUUACAGCAAGUAGAGGACCUAAUUCUGGAUGGGGCCUGUUUUAAGAGAAACCCAAUCGAACUGGACAUGAGCACACUGACUGAAAACACUCCCGACCCCUCUAAAAACUCACCUACCGCCCAAGAACGUGGGGACGAGGCUAAUACACCAGUUAGAAGGAGGGGCACAGGAGUGAGCUUCCCCCAGGACUCCUCCACACAGCCGCCCCCGGAGCCCACAACCAGCUCGCCCGGGCCUUCGCAACGGGAACCACGCUCCGAGCUAAGAGAUCGCACCGACGCUGACCCCCCGCCAGCACUGCAAGCAAACUUUGACCUGGAGCCAGCCACAGACUCGGACACGGAUGAGGAAGAGGGAAGCCAAGUCUACAAAAUAGAAAAACAUAAGGUUACCAACAGGAAGAAGGAGGACUGGUCCUUGAGAGUGACCAGGCCCGUUUUGAUCCUGGGAGAUUCUAAUGUCGCCAGGAUCACAGGGGUCGAUCCUGGGACCUCUCCUAUUUAA